AUGCAAAGGUACUCGCGCGCCGCCGACGUACUUGGCUUCGUCUACCUCCAUCCUUUGUCCAAAUGCGUAGCUUCACCUGCAGCGGCGGUGAGCAAGGUGGCCGGGCAGCCGCUGGAGAUGGAGGAGGUGGAGGUGGCGCCGCCGCGGGCGCACGAGGUCCGCAUCAGGAUUCUCUGCACCUCGCUCUGCCACACCGACGUCACCUUCUGGCGCUUGAAGGAUUUCCCGGGCCAGCAUCCGAUAAUCCUGGGCCAUGAAGCAGCCGGCGUGGUGGAGAGCGUGGGGGGGCACGUGCACGAGGUGGCCGUCGGGGACACGGUGGUGCCGGUGUUCUCGGCGCAGUGCGGCGACUGCCCCGACUGCCUCUCGGACCGCAGCAACAUCUGCUCCGGGCUCCCCGCCCGGCCCGGCAUGCCGCGCGACGGCACGACCCGCUUCUCGUUCGCCGCCACCGGCGAGCCCAUCCACAACUUCAUCGGCGUGUCCAGCUUCACCGAGUACACGGUCGUCGACGUCGCGCGCGUCGUCAGGAUCGGGCCCGGCGUCCCGCCGGAGAAGGCCUGCCUGCUCAGCUGCGGCGUCUCCACCGGUGUCGGCGCGGCGUGGAAGGUGGCGGCGGUGGAGCCCGGGUCCAGCGUCGCCGUGUUCGGGCUCGGCGUCGUCGGGUUAGCGGUAGCACAAGGGUGCAGGAUGCGUGGGGCUAAGCAGAUUAUUGGAGUGGAUCUGAACCCGGAGAAGUGGGACAUCGGUAAGAGGCUGGGAAUCACCGACUUCGUCAAUCCGAACGAUAUCGGGGAGAAGGCCGUGAGCGAGGUCAUCAAGGAGAUGACCGGCGGCGGCGCCGACUACUGCUUCGAGUGCAUCGGGUCGACGUCGGUCAUGGCGGAGGCGUUCCAAAGCUCCCGGAAGGGCUGGGGGAAGACGGUCGUGCUCGGCGUCUCCAGCGGCGGCGCGCCGAUGAGCAUACCCCCGCACGACAUCCUCAUGGGGAGGUCGGUCGUCGGCUCGCUCUUCGGCGGGCUCAAGCCCAAGGCCGACAUCCCGAUCCUGGCGCAGAAGUACCUGGACAAGGAGCUGGAGUUGGACGAGUUCGUGACGCACGAGAUGGGGUUCCACGACAUCAACGCGGCGUUCGAGCUGCUCACGCAGGGGAAGUGCCUCAGGUGCAUCAUCUGGAUGGACGGGGCCAAGGCGAACGGCGUGGAGGCCCUCGAUAAUGGCCGCGCGUGCAAGGCGUGA